ACCUAAUAUAAGAGCACUUCAUAUGGUUGUUGCUACAUGUGUUCUUGACUGUUUCCUAAUCAUAAUAACAAUAUUUUUCAUGAUGUUACCUUAACUUCCCCGUAAAUCAACAGUUACACCAAUCUCUAACUAUACUUGAAACAAGGACACGUGUCAUUAUAUUGUUGGAAGUCAGAUCAAAUGCAAUAUUCUCUCAUGUAACACAAAGCAAUUUUUUCUCUUAGCUUCUUCCACUUUUUCCCUUUAUUCUCUUUAUUAAUUUUUUUUCUUUUUCUUUUUUCUUCUUUCAUGCUAUUGAGAAAACACCUCCUUGAAGAAUGAAAAAAAUCUGUUUUUGAAGAUACCCUUUUGCAUUGAUUGUGUUUUAAGCAUCUUGGCCUAUUCAUUCAUAUUAAUGUGACCCUUUAAUUUAUUUUUUUUCCCCCUCUGUCUUUCUAUUUUAAUAACUUCUUUAUAUGUAAUUGGUAACACAAGUGUAACACAAAGGGUCCUCAAUAUUUGAUCAAAUAUGUGAUGAAUAGUCCAGAUUGGUAUGGGGUGGUUUGAUUUGCUGUGGAGAGAAGAGGGAAGAAAACUCAUCAAAAGAAAAGAUAGUGAUGCAGGAGAAGCAGGUAGAGCACUGGAAGAGCUCAGAGCUUCUCUCUACAAUGAGCUCCGAACCUCCGAAGGAGCGAAGCGCCAACAGCAAAGAUACUGUGGACCGGUGGCUGCAUUGUCCUUCAACUUCAUGGUUGCUGUUGGGAUCAUCAUGGCAAACAAAUUGGUGAUGGGGAAAGUUGGAUUCAAGUUCCCAAUAUUCCUCACAUUUGUUCACUACAUCACAGCAUGGGUUCUCCUUGCAAUUUUCAAGGCAUUAUCAGUGCUUCCUGUGUCACCUCCAUCAAAAACAACUCCAUUCUCUUCUCUAUUUGCAUUAGGUGUUGUAAUGGCCUUUGCCUCUGGCCUUGCCAACACUAGCCUCAAGUAUAACAGUAUUGGUUUCUACCAAAUGGCUAAAAUUGCUGUCACCCCAACAAUUGUUCUUGCUGAGUUUGUACUUUUUGGGAAGACAAUUUCUUUUAAAAAGGUCUUGGCUUUGGCUGUGGUAUCAGUAGGUGUAGCAGUUGCAACUGUAACAGAUUUAGAGUUCAAUUUAUUUGGUGCUCUGGUUGCAAUUGCAUGGAUAAUACCAAGUGCCAUAAAUAAGAUUUUAUGGUCUAGUCUACAACAGCAAGGAAAUUGGACUGCCCUGGCGUUGAUGUGGAAGACAACCCCAGUGACAGUUUUCUUCCUAGGGGCAUUGAUGCCAUGGAUAGAUCCUCCAGGAGUCCUAUCCUUUCAGUGGGAUGUAAACAACUCAACUGCAAUCUUGAUAUCUGCUCUUCUUGGUUUUCUCUUACAGUGGUCAGGUGCAUUGGCAUUAGGGGCCACUUCAGCUACCACACAUGUUGUGUUAGGACAGUUCAAAACAUGUGUGAUUCUUCUUGGAGGGUAUCUGAUAUUCAACUCAGAUCCUGGGAUUGUGAGCAUUGGAGGUGCUGUUGUUGCUCUCACUGGAAUGUCAGUCUACACAACACUCAACUUGCAAGAAUCUAAGGAUAACACCAAGCAGCUUCCAAAGCAGGUUGUAACAAAAUCUGUUGGUGAAGGCAGCACAGACUUGAAUGUAAAUAGUACAAGCAUUGUUGUCUAAGACAGAUAGAUAAUCAAUCGUUUGGGAGCAACAUUUAAACCAGAUUCUGUCUCAUUUUUGUUGUAUAGACGGCCUUAGUUGCAAAGAUUUAAUCAUUAAAACUUGAAACAUGUGUUAGGUUUAUGUCUACCAAGAGUAGUUUUCUUUAUUUUUUAUUUCUUAAAGAGUGUGUUACAUCACACUUGUAUCAUAUGGUAACUUGAUUUUCUAUAAUUAAUGUUUGAAACUUGACAGAUGUUGAAGAUUGGUAUGCAAGAUAGUUCUCAACAAAAUACAAUUUGAUCAAUAUUAGUACAUAAAUUCAUGAUUGUGAAUGCAGAGAAUAAUAAAAGAAAGAAAGAAGCCUAUACUGAAAGAAACAAAGAAACCAACCUAUAAAAAGUGCUAUGAUCAUAAAAUGCAAAUGUCUCAGUGCAUAAACAAUAAUUCAAAAAGGCAUGUUAGAACUCUCAUUCAACCCAAGCAAAGCACAUUCUAAACAUAAAAAGGGGGCAUGAAACUUGAAUUUUUGUUUAUAGAGAAAAUAGAUAUGACAAAUUCUAAUACAGCAAUAGAACUGUAUAAUAUAAUAUCCGCUAUCAAAUCAUCAAAAUGUAAUAUACAGGUGAGACAUUAGAACUGGAAAAAUUGGUAAAAUCUCACCCUACUCUAUUGAAACUCUUGGCUUAGUAUAACACCACUAGGAAUCUCUUUCUUAUAGCCACAACUAAAUGUUCUAUAUAAGGGGGCAAAAGAACAUGUGAAGGGUAAAAUAAACUUCUUGGGGCGCAAAAAUU